AAGACUCCAGCUCUAACAAAAAUGGAAGAACCAAGUGAGCAAAAUGUGGCUAGUCCAGCAUACAGAGGUGUUAGAAAGCGAAAGUGGGGGAAAUGGGUGUCUGAAAUUCGUGCGCCGGGUAAGAAAACCCGAAUAUGGCUGGGAAGCUACGAGGCACCGGAAAUGGCGGCCGCGGCCUAUGAUGUUGCUGCGCUGCACCUAAGAGGACGUGGCACGCCCCUCAACUUCCCGGAACUAGUUGAUAGUUUGCCACGGCCGGCGAGCUCGAGUGCUGAGGACGUGCAAUUGGCUGCUCAAAAGGCGGCAUUGCGGCUACGGAGGCCUGUACAGAUGACGGUAGAGGUGGGAAGCGCAGGUUCUAAUGCCGUGCCGGCUAGGGUGGGGCUGUCGCCGAGCCAAAUUCAGGCCAUAAACGAGUCACCCUUGGAUUCCCCGAAGAUGUGGAUGGAGUUGGCAGGGGCUCUUUUGUUGGAAGAGAAUAAUAUGGUAUUGUAUGAUAACGAUCAUGACUCAUUUGAAUGGCAAGGAUUACAGUAUGAGUCUAUUUGGGACUCCUAGGACUAGGAGGAACACAACAAAUAAUCACGAGUAAUUAGCAAAGAUAGAAGCUGAUUAAUAUUCGUGAAAAAAC